AUGUUGCUGUUGAUGGACUUGAUGGUAGGUAUUUUUAAUUAAAUCUCAGGAUGGAAAUCCAACUUAAAUAAUAUUGUUUUUCAAAGUGGUGAUGUAAUGUUAUAUGGAGGUAAUUCUCCCAAAUUUAGUAUAUUAUUCUCGAGACUAAGUCCUCAUUAUUAAGUUAAAAUAGAAAUGGAAUUUUGGUUGUAAUAGUAUUUAUUAAAUAAGAAAUAACCUUAUGAAUUUUGGGGGUUUAUAAAUGUAUUUAGAUGGGAUGAAAAUUUAUAAUAGGUCUUAUAAUAAUGAUACGAUAAUAAGUUUAAAUGGUCCUACACCAUUCAAUUAAUAUUACGAUAUUAUAAUAGUAAAAUAUCCACAGAAAAAAAAAACUGCUUUUAUAUAUAUUGAUGUCACAGGAUUGGUAUUUUAUCAAUAUAUUUUGAGUCAAGUUGUGGGAUUCGAAUUUUUUAAUUUUAUAUUGAAAGAUGCCCCUAAGGAUGUGAUGUUUGUGACAAUUACGAUUUUUUAGCUUGCAAAAAAUGGAGAAUUUUUAUGUUAAACUUUGAUUAGUAUCAAUUUUCGAACCUUUAAGGAUGGUCUACAGAAUUAUCUUGGAAUUUGUAAUAAUUUUUUAUUUGUGGAUAAUGUCAUUUUCUUCGAUAAUAUUAAAUUCAAUACACUGGAGUAUUAUCCCCUCAUAAAGGUUUAAUGGUUAAAUUUUUUAGAAUAUUUGAUAUUGGUUCUCAAAUUAUAUUAAUAAAUGGAGUAGAAUAUUUAGUGUAAUAGCCAACUGUAUUUUAUUAGAUUGAAUUAAUAAUUAAUCAACACAUAGACCAAAAAUUAUCUAUUACUAUCUAUAGUCGAAAUCAAUAUAUAAUUUAGUUUAUAGUUAAAUACCCAUUUUAUUUAAUAUUCAUAUAAUUGCAUAAUCAUUAUUGA